AUCUAGUAGCACGUUGACAGCAUCAGACUAUUUUCUAUAACCAGGUACCCGCAUACUAUUCAUGCGACCGCCAAGCAACUUGCACUAGCAGGCCGCGUGCAGACGCUCGCCGCGCACAACGGUACUGGUCGCUGUAUUUGCGCGCUUCAGGUGCUUAACCUGCGACCAGCUAGCAGGCACAGCAAGCGCGCGGCGCUUCUCUCUCUUGCGCCCUUCCCCGAGCCUUCUGCCGCCUCCACGUCCUCGGUCGCUUCGCGCACGCACUCGACAUUGGCUUUGCGUUACGCAUCGCUAUAUACGGCCUGCCGAAUAAGCGACCCACUCGAGUGGCCGAAGGACCAUGGGGAACGCGUUGUGUAUCAAACCAAAGAAACCCACGGAGGCACCAAAAUCCACUCUCUCAUUAGGUUUGAGCGCGCUCUUACUCCGCACAGUCGUGCGGAAUAAGCGACGAAAAUCUUUCGAGGUGACCAAGCGGAGCUUCAACAAUCUCAUGUUGCAGCUGCCAAAACUGACGGCCGGCUUCAAGAUUGUCCGUCAAGCGUACGCACACGCUGUGGCUGUGGCAGCUGAUGGCAAGGUCACGUACGCCUGCUUUCGCAAGUCGUGCGGCGAGCGCAUGAGCCUGGAGGCAGAGAGCGACACGCUGCGCGAGCUGUGGAACAAUCUGCCGGGCGUGUCGGACAAGGUGCUCGUCUCACACGCGGACUCUGUCAUUAUGUACAUGGUGAUCUACCUUCUGGACGGCAUCACCAAGCGCCGCACCAUCACCAACCCUGAGGCGCGCAAGUGCCUCCAGCUGGUGGAGCAGAGCUUCAUGUUUUUCGACUCCACCGCGGACGGCUGCAUCGAGCGCAAGGAGCUGGCGUACGCGCUCAAGAGCGGGACCAAGGUGUGGGGCCGCAACACCUCCAAGACGCUGGCAGACCACUUGUUCGAGCAGUUGAGCUGGACCAAGGAGGGGCGCAUCACGUUUGAGGAGUUCCUUGUUGGCAUGGAGCGCAUCGUCAUGGACAUGGCGGAUGAGGACGAGGACCUGGAGGACGGGGAUGAGGAGGACGGCGUGUCGCUGGAUGGGGACGGCGGUCGGGACAACAAGUCCCACGAUCUCCAGAACCGAAACAGCGCUUUCCUGAAGUGGCAGCAGCAGGGCAGCGGCGACAUUGAUGACCUGGAUGACACGGACCUCAGCGGCAAGGGCCACGCAGCACCCAAAGGCACUGGCGCCUCAGCAACUGCGUCAGCGCCAGUCACACCCUUCGGCCCAGGCACCGCGCCAGGCGCGGCUGCUGCAGCGGGCCCUGGGGCCACGGGCGGCCCCUCGCCCGCACUAAAGGCCCUCAACAGCCAGGGCUCCAUGCCCGGGCAGACCUGCGGCGAUCCCACAGCCCUGGACCAGCCAGCGUCGUUCGCGGCGUCUUCGCUCGCGUCGCCGCUGCCUCAGCACAUGCAUUCAGCCCGGCCAUCGUGCGGCGGCACCAUCGGAGGCGGCGGCUCGGCGCGCGCUAGCUGCAAUGGUCUUGCGGCGGUACCGUCAGCGCUGUCUGCCGCCACAGCCUCCAACGUAUUGCUGUCAAUGAGCCCGAGCAUGGAUCUGGGCUCGCCGACAGGCGCCGCCGCGGCAGCAGCGGGCGCCCGCCGUCGCGACUCGACACACCUGUUUGCCGACCAGCAUGGCGCCCAUUCGGGGACGGCGUCGCCCGCACCCUCGCACAACGGCUUCUUCAGCACGCCGCUGCAGGAGUCACAGCAGCAGUCGGGCGCGCCGGGCGCGCCCAUCAAUGCCGCGUCGGUGCCGGCGCAGGCAUUCGACUGGCAGACGUGCUUUGCCGACGUCAAGAGCAACCUCAAGGGCCCGCUGCACACAGUAGUGGGCAUGCGGCCGGACAGCGCACGGCGCAGCAGCACCGGCACGCUCAGCACGCCGCCACCGCCUCCGGCACUGACGGUGCCGGGCAGCAUGAACGGGCGCCGCUCUGCCACCGGGAUGCUUUCGUCGCCGCGGCCGUCGACUGUGGUGCCGACGGGCGCGCUGACGGCGUCCGGGGUGGCGUCGCCGGUGGGCGGCCGGCCAUCGAUUGCAGGCGGCCCGCAAUCGACAGGCCCCGGGGCGCUGCCGGCGCCAUCGCCGCUGCAGCCGGUCGCCGCAGUGGUCGCUCACCAGGCGACGGCGGCAGACGCGCACGAUGAAGUGAUCCCGUUCUGCGAGUUCUCAGCUGCUGGCUUGGUGCCGGUGGAGUAGGUUCACAGCGGCGGUGGCGGCAGCCCGCUGUGCCAUGACGGCUUACCCAUGUAAGAUGGCGUCAAAAGUGAUGGAAACUGUGAUGUGCAAUAAUGUGAGCAGGGAUUGUUGAGGUGCUGGUCAGUAGCCGCAUGAGGCCUAUGUGAGGGCCAUCGAGUGCGGUGGGCUGACCAGGUAGGGAGGGGUACAUGACGUGCGGAGGGGGUGACCGCUGAGGCAGAGCGGUGCAACAGGACCGUGUGUGGUGAAGGAGCCCUGGAUGGUUGCAUUGAGCAGUACGCUACACGCGAGGUUUCUACAUUUCAUGCCCGUUUGGCCAAGCUGCUUUGGUGGAACGGCCAGCUGGGCACAUGAGUGGCCUAUCUAUCGGAAAGUUCCAGGGUGCGGGCGAGUUGUCAAUCACUGAUGCCAGAGCGGGGACCUUGCAGGGUCUGCAGGGUGGCGGCAUGCUUCCAGCGAGCUGGGGGCUCGCGUAGGUACGGCAUGGGUCGUUGGCUGGACGAGCAUCCGUACAGCUGUUGGCUUGGCAGGGCCGCGGUAUAGCCAACCAACAUGCCAUCAUAUUCAUCACUUUUUGUACUGCUGGUUGCAAAGGGAAGGCAUUGAAUUACUGAUGUCGGAGCGCCGCUACCUGCCGCUACGCACAGAAUCGGCGCGCAAAGAGGUCACAAGGAGGGUGAGGGACGUGCGUGGUUGGCACGACUUCGACUGUAUCCCGGGCUCCAUGAUGUUCCUGUUGCUGUGGUCCCAUGAAAACACAACCAAGGUAUAAAUUCAACCUUUUCCAAUGGGUGGUAUAAAGCCCUCGUGGCAAGACCGCUGUUCAAGCGGUAGCGCAAGGUUGCUGUGGCAAUGUUUGGGUGCGCAGGCCAAAGACGCUUGCAUGUGAGUCCGCUUCCUUUCGGUUCCGUUUCUGGAGCUAGUAUGUUAAUAAGGGGUGGAUUUUUGACUUUCUAGUACUUUUUGGGGGUUUAGUUCCAGAGAGCUGUACAAACCGACUCUGGCUGUGUCCCGGAGAAGAGGCUCCGGGAGAAGAGAUACACGGUGUGAUGUGGCAUGGGCGUGACCCACUUUCCCUGGCGGCGGAGGACCACCCCGGGCGGGGCAGGACUACCCCGGACAUGCUCUCUCUCGGCGUGCGGGGCAGGCAAAACCUACCCGCGGGGCUCUGGACUGAGGUGGAUAGCGGGCGGACAAGGCCUAUCGUGACACUAGGCUGCAAUAUGCCGGUCGGGUCGCCCGCGCACACGCGCGCCCCUUGGGCUGUUUCCCAUGGGCGCCGUGCUCCUGAGCAGGACUUGUGCAAUACACGUGUUGAGGCGUAAAAUUUUGUGUGUUGAACCGGCUAAGCCGAAGCAUAUCAUAGCGUGAUGGUGUUGAUCUGGGUUGACUUACAUGCAUCGUGCAUCUCGGUACCCAAUACGUGUUGUUGGGCUGUGCCGGCUUCGUCGCAGUGGUCUGCGCUCAACUGCAGUGCGCCAGCUGCAAGAUGCUGCUUUUGGAGUUUUUGAGCAAGUCUACAAGAUACACCUGCGGGCCACGGUUGCAAUUGGUCGGCGCUUGAGAGGUGGACCUCACGGGUGGACCUGCGCCUGUGCAAGGACUGGGGGCAUGGCCAGGAAAUGCAGGUCGUUUGGGGUGUCCGUGGGGCUGCACGCCGAGCAACUAACACUUGUUAUGCAUGUGGCGGUUUUUAAGUACAAGUGGUGUGCAGUGCACACAUAGCGAGGGCAUCAGAUGGCCGGCCAAGUCGACAUGUCACGCGCUUAUGUGUCGUGCUGGCUGUGGCAGCCUGGAGCGCCCUGCCGGCCGGCCGAUGAUGUGACUUGCUCGUAACUGGCGAUGUAAGGUCCCAAUGAG